AUGUGUGUGUAUAUAUAAACUCUUCCUCGAUUUCUCAAAGAUUCAAACCCGGAGGCUCUCAGGGUCAUACGAGGGCCUAAUCUCAGCUGAUAGACUCAUUUCCCAAUCUGCAACUCUUAGAUUAUCGACGUUUUUACGUUUAGCUUAUAUCGAUUAAUAUCAGAUAGAGAGUUGCUUAUUGGAAAAUGGCAAAGAAAAGAGUCGCGAUCAUCGCGAUCUCUUCCAUUGUCCUUGUGGCCAUCGGUGUUGCAGUGACAGCUGGUGUCACCAGGAGCCAUGACAAUGAGAAACCCGAGUCCACGGGCAAAGAUGUGUCCGCCAGCAUGAAGGCGGUCGACGCCAUAUGCUCGCCGACUGACUUCAAGCAAACGUGCAUCAACAGCCUCAAGGGCACCAACAGCACCGACCCGAAGGAGCUCAUCAAGGCUGGGUUCAAUGCCGCUGUCAAGGACAUCCGGGAAGCGAUCAAGAAGUCGAGUGUCCUGAAAGAGCUGGAGAAGGACCCGAGGGCGGAGCAGGCCCUUGAGAUCUGCAAGGAACUCAUGGAAUACUCCAUCAACGACCUCAAGCGCUCGUUUGAGAAGGUGGGCAACUUCGAUAUUAGCAAGAUCGAUGAUGUUCUCGAUGACAUCAAGGUCUGGCUCAGCGCCGCCAUGACAUACGAGGAAACCUGCUUCGAAGCAUUCGAGAACACAACCGGUAACGCUGGGAAGAAGAUGAGGGAGGCACUGAAAACCGCGACCCAGAUGACAAGUAAUGGCCUCGCCAUGGUCACUGAGAUCUAUGCCACGCUUGAGAGCCUGAACCUCCCGAUCUUCAACAGGCGGCGGCUCCUGAGUGAGGGGGACAAGGUCUCAGCUUGGACACCCGACGAGUUCAUCACGAGGAAACUCCUGAGUGCAACACCGGCCCAGCUCAAGCCUGACAUGGUUAUUGCCAAGGACGGGAGUGGGAAAUACGGAACCAUCAAUGCGGCUUUAAAGGAUAUCCCAAAGAACAGCAAGAAGAGAUUUGUGAUCUACAUUAAGGAGGGUGUCUACAAGGAGCAAGUCCACUUCAAUAGCAGCUGGACCAACCUGAUGGUCAUCGGAGACGGGCCAACCAAGACCAGGAUCAUAUACAACCUGAACUUCGCCGAUGGAACACCGACCAUGAGGACAGCGACAGUUUCUGUUCUUGGAGAUAACUUCAUCGCCAAGGACAUCGGCUUUGAGAACUAUGCCGGCGCGCAGAAGCAUCAGGCUGUGGCACUGAGGGUCCAGUCUGACAAGGCUAUAUUCUACAAUUGCCACAUGGAUGGUUACCAAGAUACGCUCUACACCCACGCCAUGCGCCAGUACUACCGUGACUGCACCGUGACUGGGACUAUCGACUUUGUGUUCGGCAAUGCACCCGUGGUUUUCCAGAACUGCACAUUCCUGAUCCGUAAGCCGAUGGAAAACCAACAGUGCAUCGUCACCGCCCAAGGCAGGAAGGAGAGGCGCCAGCCAACAGCCAUCAUACUCCAGAACUGCAAGAUCAUGCCCGAUGCGUCCUAUGUCAAGGGCGGUGUGGUCAAGUCGUACCUUGGAAGGCCAUGGAAGGAAUACUCCAGGACGAUCAUCAUGGAAUCGUACAUUGACAAUGUGAUCGAUCCCCAGGGGUGGCUGCCGUGGAUGGGGACUUUUGGCAUCAACACAUGCUUCUACAGCGAGUACAACAACAAGGGCCCAGGCGCCGCCACCAAUGCUCGGGCAACAUGGCGUGGUGUCAAGAAGAUCACUCCACAGCAUGCAGUGGAUUUCACUCCCGGGAGGUUCCUCCGUGGCAACACUUGGAUUCCUCAGACCGGAGUACCAUACAAUGCCGGGAUGUUCCACCCUUAAUGUGUCUGGCCGUUGAUCUCGAGGACAUGAUUGAUGGAGGUUUUCUCUUGAUGUAAUUCACGACGUGAGAAUUCCAUAGUUUUUCCUUCUCAUUUCUCACAUUAAUCAGAAUGGAUAUUAAUUAAGAAAGAUACGGAUGCACUCUUUGGUGCCAUGUAUACUCUGAAACAUCUUUGCAACAUCGAUACGAGUUCGAAUGAAA